AUGGCAUCAGCAGCCACGAAGCUGAGGACGUACCUCAAGGGGGAUGUGUCCAUCCAGUCCAACUUCAGACACUUGUACGAGUACAAAGGGAUGAACAAACCCGUCAAACAAGCCGAAGGGCCCACGAUCCAGUGGCCAAACGAAAAGCAUCGCAUCAAGUUCUGGAACAUCCACCCUGGUGAUCAGGUCGUCGUACGGGAGGGUCCGCCCGCCCUUGUCGGACAAGUGGGCACAGUGAGGAUGGUGGACAGGUUGGGCAACAGGCUUUACUUUCAUGAGGAUCAAUUCCACAGGGUCUUGUCGGAAAGGGAGAUUAGGAGGAAUAGUAGGCUGGGCCCCAACGAGGCCAUCCCGCCGGGCGCAGGACUCGAACCGAUACCGAUUCACUACUCCAAUGUUGCCCUCGUCAUAGGCACAAAGCUAUCACCCAAGCUAGACGAACGGGGUGAGGCCAUCAAGGACAAGAAAGGCAACCCCGUCAUCGCUUCGACAGAAAGAAUGGUCGCAGGACGACUGAAACGAGGAGCGAGGAUAUACAAUCACGAGACGAAACGGAUCGAGUGGUCGAGGAUAGCGGUCAAUACAAAGAUACUACGAUCGGAUGGCAGGCUCGUUCCUGACCUCGACGACUUUGCUUCUGGCUCGGUCAUACCUCUGCCCACCGAGACAAAACCGACGCUGAGAAGUCCCGCGAGUUUUGAGAUGAAACCGAGCGAAGCGGCCAGAGUGACCUGGACGCCCACGCUUGUCGAUAUCAGGUUGCCGGAGAACCGACCGAAGGAGCUGGAUAUACCCGAGAUCGAUCUCGGCGGGAAAGCGUUCGACAAGAUGAGGAAGAUGCACGGGCCUAAAGCGCGCAAGGUCGAGCUGGCUCAGAUUGCCAAUGCGGUCAAACGACAGGACAUUGCCCAAGCUGUCUUACUGCAGAGUGCGGGAAGGACGAGCCAGCGUACGACGAGAUGAUUACAUUGUUGCAUUGCAUUGUACUGUCGUCGAGUAGCUAGUCCUUCUCACCCAAUCGCUGAAGAUAACCAUCAAUCUCUUCUGCGCCCAUCUGUAGACUCAUUGUCAGUUCUCCUUGUGACCUCCGACAGCUUGGUGAAGCCUACCGUCCUGAAGCGGUAGAUUGACUUUGAACCGCCUUCGCUUUUUGAGACGAUGCCAAUCUCAAUCUCUGUACUCU